AUGUGGUUUUUAUGGCUGAUCCUCUUGAUUGAUGAAGUCUUGUGCGUCGAUCGAAGCAACUUUAGAACAUGUGCUGAGAGUUCGUUUUGCGUACGUCAAAGGGUAUUUUGGCCAUCUGCACCAAAAUACAGUGUCGAUAUUGAAAAAUUGCGUGUCGACGAGAGUGUUCAAUUUCAAGUGAUUGAUUCCGAAUCACAAAAGCGUCUCAAUGUGAAUAUCACUUACCAUCCUGAUCACACUUUCCGCCUGGUUCUUGAUGAAUUUAAUCCGAUCCGCCCCCGUUUUCAUCCUAGAAUCGGUGAUUCGUUGGUAAGAGAACCGAAAACUCUACCGUUGGAGGUGCACAGAACGGGAUCAGAAGUCAUUCUUUCUGGAGAAUACCGAGACCGAGCUGUUAUUGGGCUUAGCCCUUUCAGGGUUUCAUUUUUCUCAAAUGGCGUUCAUCAAGUAACGGUUAAUGAACGAGAUUUGCUCAACUUUGAGCAUCAACUCGAACAACAAUUUGAAGAACGGCCCAUCGUUGUCGAGGCAACAAAUGAUUCAACGUCCGAGGAUGGAACCGGAAGUGAGUCUAAUAACAGUGAUAUGGCACAAAAUAAUAAGGUAUUAGAGCCACCUCCCACAGAGCGCGUUCCAGUCGACUGGUCAGAAUCCUUUAAGGGUCAUCGAGACUCAAGACCACAUGGUCCAACCUCCGUUGGAAUUGAUUUUACCUUUCAUGGAUUCGAAUACGUCUACGGUAUUCCCGAGCACGCAGACAGUUUAGCUCUGCGAAACACCAACCAAACCGACCCCUACCGUCUCUACAAUUUGGAUGUAUUUGAAUACGAAUUAAACAAUCCCAUGGCGCUCUACGGAUCUGUCCCUCUAAUGUGGGCCCAUAAAGCAAGCAGUACUAUUGGUGUGUUCAUUGAUAACCCAUCAGAAGCUUGGAUCGACGUGGAAUCCUCUAGAGAGGUUAAUUCCGUUGGCGGUUUACUAUCCAAUCUAUUCGCUAAGGCAAAGAACCCUGAUCCGCUCGUUAAGACGCGCUGGAUGUUUGAAACUGGUGUCCUCGACAUUUUCAUAAUCCUCGCUGAUAAUCCUCAAUCUGGUCUACGGGCCUAUGCGGGACUCACAGGUUCAACUCCACUGCCACCUCUCUUCGCUCUAGCACAUCACCAGUGUCGCUGGAACUAUCGUGAUCAAGAGGAGAUGAAGUCUAUCAACCACGACUACAAUAAGCAUAACCUGCCUAUGGACGUUCUCUGGUUGGAUAUUGAAUAUGCCAAUGAUAAGCGCUACCUCACUUGGAACACCGAGAGGUUUCCCUCUCCCGAUGACAUAGUUGACGACUUGGGUGUCAGUGGACGCAAACUCGUUGUGGUUGUGGACCCUCAUAUUAAAGCUGAUCAUUCCUGGCCUACUUGCUCGCAAGCCAGAUCGGAGGGGUUCUUUGUGAAGAAGGUGAACAGCGAAACCGACUUUGAUGGGUGGUGUUGGCCGGGAUCGAGCUAUUGGCCGGACUUCUACCGUCCAGAAGUUGUCGAUUGGUGGGCAAAUCUUUUUACCAGUGGCGAAUUUUUGAGCAAGGACCGGAUGUUCUACUCUUGGAAUGAUAUGAAUGAACCUUCUGUAUUCAGUGGGGCCGAGGUUACCAUCCCAAAGGACACGGUAUUUGGUGGAGUGUGGGAAAACCGAGAUCUGCACAACCUUUAUUCGCUCUGGGUGCACAACGCCACGUGGGAGGGGCUUUUGAGACGCUCCAAUCGCAAGGAGCGGCCUUUCGUCCUCUCACGUGGCUUCUAUGCUGGCUCUCAACGUACCGCUGCUGUUUGGACUGGGGACAAUUCUGCAUCAUGGGACCACCUUCAGAUCUGCACACCAAUGCUAUUGAGUAUGUCGUUAGCGGGCCUCACCUUUUGUGGCGCCGACGUUGGUGGCUUUUUUGGUCAUCCCUCUGGCGAGCUGUACACACGAUGGUACCAGGCCGCCGCUUUCCAUCCCUUCUUGCGAUCCCACGCCCACAUCGAUACACCGAAACGUGAGCCGUGGAACUAUGAAGAGAAGUACCUCGAUCCCAUUCGGGAGGCUCUGCGACUGCGCUACUCCCUGCUGCCCUAUUGGUACACCCUCUUCGCCCGCAGCGAAGUUACCUCCCUGCUCCCAAUGGCGCCACUCUUUUACUACUUCCCUACUGACGAGAACAGCUUCAGCAUUGACGACGCCUUCAUGGUGGGUGAGGGCCUCCUCGUCCAUCCUGUGGUGCAGGAGGGCGCCUCCAGUGUAGACGUCUACCUGCCUGAGGGCACGUGGUACCUGCAUGAUGACUGGAGGGUCUAUUCUGGCGGUCAAGUGGUGAAAAUACCAGUGGAUCUGCGAACUAUUCCCCUUUUCUACCGUGGUGGCUACAUCAUUCCCAAGAAGGCUCGUCCACGACGCUCCUCCGCCAUGAUGCUCAACGAUCCCUACACCAUUGUCGUGGCUCUAGACCAAUCUACCGAGAGGCCUGACGCUACUGGCUACCUCUAUCUCGACGAUUUCCAUUCACUGGACCGAAGCCAGGCCCGUCUCUACCAAAUGAACUUCUUCCGAGAGAAUCACUCCUACGUAUUCGAGUUCACCCUCCUUCAAGGUCAUAACGAUGUCAGCACACCGUAUAUCGAGCGUAUUGUCUUGCUAGGCGCACAGAUGGCAAGACCGAGGCGAGUGAUCGUGACAACCGCCUCGGAGCCGAGUCAAAGGCGAGAAGUGGAGUUCUUUUACUCCUCUCCGGAGACGCACUCCUCCAGCACGGACGGAAAUCGAUCCGCCCUUUUGGUAAUCCGAAAACCCGAGCUGACAGGUGGAGUGCCUCUGACGCAAUUGGCAGCCUUCGCUGAGGUGCCUUUCAUCUCGGCGGUAUUUCCAGUCGCCACCACUACGGGGGUCUUGUCGAUUAAAAGUUGGCAAAGGACUCACGCAAGAUCUCGUAGCGAAAAGAUUCUCCUAACUUCUAGGACCCUCCAUAGAGUGAUUAGGGCGAGCACUCCUGCAAUACCGCUGGUUAAGAUGCCCAGAAAUUCGGCUGAAAGAAUUAAAGAAAAACGUCAACGGUUCGGUUCGGCACUACUGACAUGUUUUAAGUAG